CGACGAAUAGUCUCCCCGCCGGGGAUAAAUAUAACCGUCUAUUUCCGUCCAGUCAGUCCGGUGCUCCUCACGGAUAGCCAUGUGGGAACGCCCAUCCACCGCAUAUAGAUUUACACGCCAUCUGCUAGCGUCGCCAUGGCAUUUCUAAUCCAUCUAUACCUAAUACCAUCUCAACUAUGGUCCUGGACUAGAUUAGCCCCCGGUUCAUACCAUCCUCGGACCUCCAUCCUUUGUCCCUCCCUCCCUGCAUGUUUCAGAUGGGACUCUCACCGCCAUACCCAACCCCUGAGCCCAACCGCCACUGCCCCUCGGGAUGGCAUCUGCUGUGCAGCCCCGGAUGAGGCUAGCCCAGGCGAGAUAUCCUCCGUACGCGCUUGGCAGCUUGGCAUUGAACAUUUGGCUGCUGCCGACCGAGGGAUGCCCGAGGCUGCCACUUGGACUUUUUUAGGCCAGGCCCAGCCUGGCCGUGACGGUACCAUACGGUAUGGAACGGGAGGGGAUCACGAGACCGCGGCUGCAGGUGACAGACCCGCCCAGGCCGGUCUAGACUCUGGCCUUCACUUUUCCUCAUGAAUAGGGAAAACAAACACUCAAAUGCCAUGAAUGGGAUGAGGAAUGCUGGGGGCGGGGCUGGCCAGGCCACAUGCCGGCCGGGGUCUGCGGGAAUGAAGG